UGCAGUUACAGCAAACCGCAAAAAACAGUUGGAGCAGCGGAUCUGUACUGCCGCCACCCACUCAAGCUCGGCACCGCGUGAGACUAAGCGGUUCCAAGUAGAGCCGCCGGAGAUCAAGGCAAUGGACAAGCUGAUGACCUUCGAACAAGGCACGCUGCCAAGAGUUGACUGGAUUGCCGAGUACCAACGCUUGACAUCCAUCCCGGACAUUCAAAUGGGCUUCAAGGCCGUCAAACACUACUUCAUCUCGAGGUCGUGUCCGGCGUUGGGCAAUGCCUUGACUCCCGUCGAGGACCCUGACGAUAACGGCGGAACUCUUCGACAAGGCCGCACACAUCAUUGUCACGAACAAGGAGGCCAAGAACCUCCACCGUUCGUCUGCAGCAGGCCUGAGCAAAGAUCAGCAUCGGCCCAAAGUGGUCGUGGUCGCGGCGGCAACGCGAAACGACCAAACUACGCUUUGCUGGAUAGCGGCGCGUCUCGCAAUUUUAUGAGCCAAGCCUUUAUGCAAAGGGCUGGUCUUGGCACACAAGUUCGGAGGAAGGCAAACCCGACGGCGAUCAAGUUGGCGGACGGAAGGACGCAGCAACUUAUCGAUUGCUACAUCGAGGCCGUACCGGUGUAUUUCGCACCUCAUGCAUGCGAACCGGUGACAUUCGACAUUUUGGACACGGACUUCAACAUUAUUUUGGGAAUGCCUUGGCUUGCAAGUGCGGAUCACAUGGUCAACUUCCACCGCCAGACUCUUACCGUUCGCGACGCUUUCGGCGCCGAAGUACCGUGUACUAUUCCUCUUCCGCACCCUUCGAUCCGAUGCCACGUGGUGACGGCCAAGUCGUUCCGGGCUACUUGCGCUUACGAGCAGCCCGACGAGAUAGGCCUAUGCUUCCUACGGACCGUCGCGGUAGCCGACUCUUCACCCACGGACUUGUCUUUGGACCCCCGUGUGGUGCGGUUGCUUGACGGGUUCACCGACAUCUUCGAGUCACCUACCGGUGUGGUGCCGGAUAGGCGGAUCUCUCACGAGAUCAUUCUUGAGGCCGGUGUCGUGCCACCGACAGGUUGCAUUUAUCGCAUGAGCGAGGAGGAUCUUACGGUCCUCCGCACGCAACUCGAUAACUUGUUGGAUAAGGGCUGGAUCGGCCCUAGUAGCUCCCCAUAUGGAGCACCAAUUCUCUUCGUACGAAAGAAGAACAAAGGUCUACGAUUGUGCAUCGAGUACCGCAAGCUCAACGCGCAAACCGUCAAGAAUGCGGGGCCUCUUCCUCGUAUCGAUGAUCUUCUUGAGCGACUGGGCGACGCAAAGUACUUCUCUAAGUUGGAUUUGAAGUCGGGAUGCCAUCAGAUUUCGAUCCGGCCGAACGAUCGCUAUAAAUCCACGUUCAAGACGCGGUAUGGGCAUUUUGAGUGGGUGGUCAUGCCUUUUGGCCUCACCAACGCCCCGACGACCUUUCAAGCGGCAAUGACCAACGAGUUUCGUGCGAUGUUGGACCGGUUCAUGCUGGUCUACUUAGACGACAUUCUCGUCUAUAGUCGAUCAUUCGAGGAUCAUCUUGAGCACCUUCGACGAGUGUUGGAGACGCUCCGCCGCGCCAAGUACAAAGCCAACCGCAACAAGUGCGAAUUUGUCCGGCAAGAGCUGGAAUACUUGGGCCAUUUUGUCACACCGGAGGGCAUCAGUCCGUUGGCGGACAAGAUUCAAGCCAUCCAAGAGUGGCCGGAGCCGUGGAACGUCACGGAUGUCCGUUCGUUCCUUGGCCUUGCCGGCUACUACCAGCGUUUCAUCAAGGGAUACUCGAAGAUCGCGGCCCACUUGACCAAGCUUCAAUGCGAGGACCGACCGUUUGACUUCGGAGAGGAUGCGCGGGAAUCAUUUUUGGCUCUCAAAGCCGCGCUAUUAUCUGCGGAGGUCUUGCGAAUCUACGACCCGCUAUUGCCAACGCUCGUCACUACGGAUGCGUCCAGCUAUGGCAUUGGUGCCGUCCUCGAACAACACGAUGGCGUGGACUGGCACUCGGUCAAGCACUUCAGCAAGAAAGUGCCCGUCGUGCACUCCAUGGACGAUGCACACAAGAAGGAGCCCCUAGCCUUCGUCCACGCACUCAAGCGGUGGCGGCACUUCCUCCUUGGUCGAAGUCAAUUCCGAUGGGUAACGGACAACAAUCCGUUUGUUUUCUACAAGACCCAAGACACCGACCGUAGCACCAUCGCCCGAUGGAGGACUUUCAUCGACCAGUUCGACUUCUUUCCUGAGCACAUUCCCAGGAAGUCUAACCGUUUUGCAGAUGCUCUUUCACGGCGUACGGAUCAUUGUACCGCAGUCUAUUCGACCUUCGAGAUCGGCGACGACCUGCAGGACAGCUUCAUCCGCAGCUACCAAGCCGACCGAGAGUUUCGCGACAAACAGAAGCAGCAGCAAGACACUGCCGCUUUAGCAGCUGCCGUCCGCGCCGCAGUAACACAGCAGCAGCAACAGCAUCAGCUGUUGAAAUCCGCUCUCGCACGCAUCAACAGCAUUGAGGCUAAAGCCUCAGCAGCGCCAGGCUGCACGACAGACACGGCGAAACAGUUCAACGAGCGCAUCGACCAUGUCGUCAACCUAAUCGGCGAUCUAAGUGACUUCACCAGUCCGGCUACGAUCAGCAGCACGGUGGCCGCCAUCAAGACGGACAUCACCAAGCUGCAGUCGCAACCGGCAGCAGCUGCGAAGGUCUACAAGAUGCCACGCUUCAACAUCGGCAAGUUCGAGGACUGCAACAAGACCGACGCUUUGACAUGGUGGCAAGCCUUCCUCACCAAAGCGUCCUGCCACAAGGUCCCGGACGAAGACAUGAUAAAGGCACUAUACCUCCAACUCAUUGGAGGUGCGCAGGCGUGGAUGAACCAUCUCGCAGUUAACAAGGGAACCACUAUCGCCGAGUUACAUAAACACCUCACGUGGGAGGAUUUUGAACAGAUGUGGUUCACUCGAUUCAUGGUCCGCAACGUUGUGAAGGCGGCCAUGAACGAGGUCCACACUUGCUCACAGGGAAACAUGCCAACUCGAGACUGGACAAUCAAGCGGCAGAAGAUAGUGACCACGCCAGGCUUCGAUUUGAGUUUCACAAACCAACGAGCCGAGUUCUUCUCGCGAUCGUGCGCAGGACUGCGAACCGCACUCGGCAACGAGUACGAUUAUGCCUCAUUCCAGGCUAUUCUGGAUCGUGCGAACCUGGUCAUCCAAACGGAUGACAAGGCCGCUAACGAACGGCAGUCCCAGCCGCACUAUGUGGCAAAGCAGGGCUAUCAACGACCGGCACACAACAAUGCCGUGAUUUCUGAAGAAAUAGUCGAUCUCCACGCUGCAGCAGCAUACUCGGGUGAUGGAGGAACUGUUGCAGCGCUCCCGCCAAAGCGUCCCAAGAGAGUUCGGAAGAACAAGGCGACACAAGCGACGACAUCGACGGGAACUGGGCAGCAACCAUGGACGGCAUUCAAUAUAACCAAGGAAGUAUUUGAUCUUCGACAACACGUCCUUAUCUACCUCGAUGACAUCCUGGUUUAUAGUAGGACGUUGGACGAGCACAUCGUACACCUUCGCGCUGUUUUGGAUCGUUUGCAAUUGGCCAAGUACAAAGCGAAUCUCGACAAGUGCGAGUUCGCCAAGCAGGAGCUUGAGUACUUGGGUCACUUUGUCACGCCGAAAGGCAUUCGUCCCUUAGCGGACAAGAUCCAAGCCAUCGUGGAUUGGCCGGAAACCCGUUGCACGACGUACGUACGCUCUUCCAUGGGUUUGGCUGGAUAUUAUCAGCGAUUCGUCGAGUCAUACUCGAAAGUGGCCGCUCCUUUGUCGAGACUUCAGUCCCCGAAGGUGCCCUUCGAGUUCGACGACGCAGCCUCUGGCACGUUCACUACGUUGAAGGCAGCAAUGCAAGCCGCACUUGCCCUCCGUAUAUACGACCCCACCCUUCCCACCCAAGUGACUACGGACGCUUCGGGAUACGGUAUUGGUGCGGUGUUGGAACAGUGUCACGAGGACGGUUGGCAUCCAGUCGAGUACUUCUCCCAAAAGGUGCCUCUCGUCAACACUCUCGACAACGCUAGGAAGAAAGAGCUACUCGCGUUCGUCACCGUUCUCAAAUGGUGGCGCCACUUUCUUCUCGGUCGUCGGCGUUUUAAAUGGAAUACGGACAACAUCGAUUGACCUUUUAUAAAACGAAGGAUACGGUCACUAGCACGAUCGGUCGAUGGAUGUAUUACAUCGACCAGUUCGACUUUGACCCGUGCCACAUUCCCGGUCCCGCCAAUCGAGCUGCGGACGCCCUCUCACGACGGCCCGACUUUUGUGCCAUUGUGACCACGACAUUCGACCUCAAUGACGAUCUGCAGCCGCAUUUCGUCAAAGGCUACAAGUUCGAUCCGACUUACUCUACGCUUUACGCGGAGCUUUCAUCGG